CAAGAGAAUGGGUUUUUAGGUCCUAUCUGUGCUUUUAGCACGAUUCAAUUUCUAUCCCGGUGGAACAGGCAAAGUUGAUCUAAGCAGUUGCAAACAUGCUGGAUGUUCUCAGCGAAAGAGCUGGCACGAUGUUUGCGAUUCCAGCUGAAGCCGCUUUCAGAACGCUACUGUCGCUUUUGGUUGUGUACUGCUGUACAAGCCUUCCAAUCGUUCUGUGGGGGCUGAGGAAGCUCUUCCACACUGCACAGGGCAGCAAAACACCAGCUGAGAGCACCCCAGUCGUUGCACAAAAAGUAGCUUCUUCAUCAGCAGCAACAAGACUGCCUGCUGUGCCUGACAUCAUCACUCUGAUUGCAGCCAGACGAUCCAUAUUUCCCAAGGACUUUAGUGGGGAUCUAGUGGACAGGUCGGUGGUGGAGACCAUGCUUGAGGCAGCCAAUUGGGCACCCACCCAUGGGAAGACAGAGCCCUGGAGGUUUGUGGUCUUGGGUAGGGAAGCCCAAGAGGAAUUGCUGGAUCUCUCCCUCAAGGUGCUUGAGCGGGACUGCAGCCCAGAGGACUUUGCCAAGAAGCGCGCCAAGAUUGAGGGCAAGCGCAAGAGUGCCUUCAGCAAGGUGGCGUACAUGAUCCCCAUCUGCAUGAAACGGCGCGCCAUGGCUGGCAAGGAGAUGCCGGAGUGGGAGGAGAUGUGCGCAGUUGCCUGCGCUGUCCAGAACAUGUGGCUGACCAUGACUGCGCAGGGCGCCGCAGGGUACUGGAGUUCCUGGUACGCAGAGGCAAGGGAGAGCUUGGAGAUUAAGCAAUUCCUGGGGCUCGAGGAGGAGGACAAGUGCAUGGGGGUGUUCAUGGUGGGCCACUGCCCGGAUGCCAGCGGCUACCGGUGUAAGCGCCAGCCGCACGCAGAGAAGGUCACCUGGCGCGUUUGAGCACUCCAGUUUUGGCACAAAGCACAAAGCUUUGGACACCGUGUAGAUAGCCCGGCGUGAUAUGCAGCUGAGAUCCAGGAAAUUUUUCACACCCCUAAGCACAGGGUAUGUACCAAGUUAGAUAUGUGCAAGCCUUUCAACUGAACCCAAAGGGUCUCUCCUGGACAAGUAUAGACAGUGCUGCUUAGCAGCGUGGAGGCGUCAAAGGCUCAAAUUACAAGCCUUGCAAGGAUCCAGUCGCAGCCAUUGCUGUAUAUACAUUCUUUGAGUGAAUGUCAUCCUAUACUAGCAUCGACACACACUGCAUUCGUGUCAGAGCUCUAGAAAGCUAUGUACAAUAGAUUUUGAGAAAAUUCAAGACGGUAUUCAAAGCAAGAAAAUUGAACACCAUGCAUGCGAGGACAGUUGCCGUAAAAGCAGUCUGUAAGUUGACAAGGCCCAGGUUGGUGGUCCUUAUGAGAUGAGGGGCAUCCAAGAAGGAUCCCAUUCAUAUACUGGCCUUAGCCUCUCUACCGUAGUUCAACUGAUGUAGUACAUCAGUGCUUUAGCUCUGAGUGAAGAACACCCACACAACGAGCUCUUAUCGUCGCCACUACAUGUACAUCACUUUUCCUUAUAAGGACCACAUUAACUACGCAAAGAUCUUACAGACGCAACAACCAUCAAUGAUGUUCAACGUGUCCCUCCUCGUAGACCUUGCGGCAAGAGUGCUUCUUGUGGCUGCCACGAAUGACGGUGAGGUCCAAACUCUGAAGCUGUCGUGCGCAUCAGUGCUUCUUGUAGACCUUGCGGAACGAGAAUGCGCGCGCGUCGCUGCGGCCCUCCCCGGCCACGCAGCACUCGGCCAGGCUCUGCACCAGCCCCUCGAACAUUGCGCCCGACACCUCGGCCGGGGCGGCCGC